UAUUUUAAUGUCCAUGUCAGAAUUAGUGACAUGCAGUUUUCAACUAGUUUGCCGUUUUGCCUCGCCAGUCACAUGUCGUUGUUCUACCUGUGCGCCUUCGUCGUUCUGCUAUUUAAAACUGUUCUAUCUUCUUACAAAUGAAUAUUUAGAGCCGACCCGCAGAUAGACAAUUCGUUGCACUGGUAGAUGAUCGAAAUAAUUCUCUGAUGGCCUGCCAUAGCUUUUGAGCUACGGUAAUUGUGUCCUGUGUCUCUCAUGUGCAUACACACAGGAGAUGGCUCAUCAGGGCCAAGCGAGCAAGCUUCCCACUUCCUGUUUCUGACAGCACAGAGCACGCCAUGCUAUCUACAACGCACAUACACACAGGAAGGGCUGACAACCCCUGGCUGGGUGGCAUGCGGCAUGUCUGUGUGUGUGUGUGUGUGUGUGCUGCUUGAUUUUUUUUUCCAGGAAAGGAGAGGAGGAUAGAAGCCACUUGAAGUGAUGUGCAGCGGAUCCUGCCACAGAUGAAAGUGACCCUGUAAACUGGACAUAGGAGGGGCUCAAAUCAUGUGAUGGAAAGCAACAAGAGGGGGAAAAAUGAAAUGAGAAGAACAAACAGCAGCAGCAACACGGGCGCUUCCAUUCUCCCGUUGAUGAACAGAAGCACGGGACGUCACACCCGAAAGACGUUCCCGCUGGAUGGACCCGAGCCGCUCGCAUCGAGGCCUUCGGGAGUCUGCCGAGCGCCGUCCGACAUGCACUUCUAUCACCAGGGGGGCCUCACGUGGGUCAACAUGUUGGGUCAGAGCGUGCGACUCCAGUCCGUUAGCAUCCAGAACCUAUCCGAAGUGGAGCGAGCCAGACUCCAGCAAGUGGCCUUGUUCCACCUGGACCAGAAGGACCUCCACUUGAAGAUCAGCAUUCCCAGAGAAAUUCGCAAACGACGAAAGUCACUGCGCAGGAAGUUUGACUCAUUUUCCAAGGAAAAAAAAGAGCGUGAAUCUGCCCCCAAGGCGUUCGGCAUCCCGCUGUCGCAGGUCAUCGCCAACGACCGGGCCUUGAAACGUCGUCAGGAUGCCGUGAAGGAGAGCCGACGGGACUGCUUGGAGCUGGAGGCUAGCAUCCUGCGGUUCCGGGCCGAGAAGCGACAGCUGCUCUCGGGGAGCGCGCGCCCCUCAACGCCCGCUAACUUGGUGGCCCCGGCGCCGCCGCGCUCCUUUUUGGACACCGUUGGGCGAGGACAGAGACGGGGUGGCCUCUCUGUUGACUCCAUCUCCGAUUUGGUGGACAGUCAGUCCCGCUUGCUAGAGGCGCUGCAGCUGUCCCAUCCGGCCGAGUUGGAGCUGAAGAAGAACGGUGGCGACUCGUCGGAGGGCAGAAGCCAAAACAGGCUGAGCCUCAACCCGUUUUACCCGCAGGUGCCUCAGGUUCUGGAGCGCUGCUGUGGCCACAUCGAGGCCCAUGGUCUUCAGACCGUGGGCAUCUUCCGAGUCGGGAGCUCCAAGAAGAGGGUGCGGCAGCUGAGGGAGGACUUUGACGCCGGCAUGGACGUCCAGCUGGACGAGGAGCACAGCGUGCACGACGUGGCUGCCUUGCUGAAAGAGUUUUUGAGAGAAAUGCCGGACCCUCUACUGACCAGAGAGCUGUACCCCGCCUUCCUGCACGCCAACUUCCUUGGAGGAGAAGAGCAGCUCCAGUACCUGCAGCACCUCCUCUACCUGCUGCCUCCUUGCAACUGUGACACGCUGCUGCGCCUCCUCACUUUCCUGCACACGGUGCACAGCUUUGCCCAGGACAGCGUCGGCGCCAACGACGAAGAGAUCGCCGGAAACAAGAUGACGGCCGCCAACCUGGCGGUCAUCUUUGGACCCAACCUGCUCCAAAGGGAACGAGGAGGAGAGGCCAGUCCACAGGCCGUGGGAAUCGAGGACAGCACGGCUAUUAUUAAUGUUACCCUGGCGCUCAUGCAGAACUACAGGAGACUUUUCAUGGUGUCAGCCGAGCUACAACAGGAAGUCCUGGUGAGUCUGAUCCAGACCGACCCCGACAUCAUCGACUAUCUCCUUCGCCGCAAACUCAGUGGCAGUUAUGUGACGACGGAGAGUGGCGCCGGCUUGGGCGGCCGCCGGGACACAGGAGCGUCUUUGGACUCUGUCGGGGCCUCCACUGGGAGUCUGUCCCCAACCCCGAUGGAGCCCCGCUCAUCGCUUGAGGGCGGCCUAAGUAGCCAAGUCUUCCUCAGCGUGCUCAAGAUGAACCAGAGCAGGAAGCAGCACAACAGCAGAUACGGAGAAGUCCGGCCCGGCAAAUCCGUCCGCCACAUGCGCCAGUUCCACUCCCACCACAACCUGCUCAGUCUGGCCCGGCCUGCCUUAUGUGCCGUGUCUUCCUCCUCCAGUCAGCAGUACCCGGCGGACGCGGGCAGCGUUUGGGUGAGACAGGCGCCCCCCGAGGAAAGCAAGGCCAGCUUCUGGGACUUUUUCACAGGGAAAGGCUCGGGCUCCGAGACCUUGGUGUGAUGGUGGGCUGUGUUCUGAAUCGUCGACUUAUUCCCUACUCCCGUAUGCAGUCGUAUCACAUUGCAAGAACACUACAAAAUGGCUGCCUCACAAUAUAUAAAGGCUUGGGAGUGAUUAUCAACACAUUCGAAGGGGGUGCUGAUGGACAAACAAAGUAUUUGUGGGACUGUCUUGACUUUUUCCUUUGACAAUCUGUGGGUGUCUGUGUACAUACUGUAACGUACAUUUUUUUUUUAAGAGUCGCACAAACAGCUCCAGCUAUUUUGUUCAAUCUAUUUUCGGUAAAAUGCAAUAAAGUGUCCAUAUGACCUAAAAAGCAUCUUUCAGUUUGUUUUGGUGAGGGAAUAUAAUGUAAAAGUUGUAUAAAAAGUUGCUGUUAGAUUGGGUACAUAAAUGUCAUGCCUUUCACAAAAGUGUCCGUGAACACGUGUUAACUUUGUGGCACUAAUUUACCGAAUACCGCCCCAAGUUUCUCUGUCCGUCACCUGGCUGCGUACAGCAGGAGAGCACAGAUCAAGUGAAAAGCCAGAAGGUAAGCAGAGCUGUAGUGUUUGCGCAGUUUAUCCUCCGACAAAUGGCGCAGUGCUUGUGGUUCUGAUCAAAAAUGUGUUGUAACUCUCCAUCCUUUUGUGUCUUAAUAUGAAGUAAACACUCAACAGACAUGACAUGGCACGGAAGACGAGUUGAGAAAUGACUUUGCAUAGAAGUCAAUCACUGAGUGCAGAAAAAGCGGUAAUCUCUGCAGCGAUAAUUUUACAGCUUAUCGGCAGCGAGUCCCAGGAACUCGCUGAUCAGAAAAGAAAGAGUCCCAUUAUGCAUUGAGAGAGUCCCAAAUUUCGAAUUCUGAAAUGGUCUACUUAUUCAAUUGCAUAUGAUAAAAACACAAACAACAACAUACCCAAUCAGCAAACGUGUUCUGGCCCAGCCCUGGGGCAGUACACUCGGCCCACAUACCUCAAUGAAUGACGAUCCUGCAGUGGCCCACGUCUGGCAUCCAAGAUGUGGGCCGCAUUUGGCCCAGAUCUGAGCCGCAUUGUAAAACCAUAUCUGGCCCUAGUCCGGCCCGACGCUGGACCAGAACAGGUUCCUGAUAUCAGUCUGAAUUCAACCUCAAUCAAGCCACAUCUUGCCUCAUCUCUUUCAUGAGCCAUAUUUGACACACAUUUUAAAAAAAGUCUCAAAAACGGUUGUUAUAAAAAUAUUGUUUAUUGUCAUAAUUUGUGAACCUCACAUAUAACUCCAGAUACACUGGAAAAAAUGCACUUUUCUUUAUUUAACAGUGAACACAAAGUCCAAAUGAUGAUGCAGCUUACUCUUGAACGGUAUUUUUCUGUCCAUCAAAUUGUUGCGCUCUCCAUGUCCUCUUUUCUUCUCAUGCUCUCCUUCCUGUCACCAUCACGAUAGGGAACCAGAUGCAGCCAUCUUUUGAUUGUGACAUCAAUUUCCUGGUCUGACGCGCAAGAUGUUAGGCUGUUAGGUCUCACAGCGGCUGUAAGACAACAAGAAUGGACAGUGUGUUAGGAAAACAAACUUUUGUACAUGUCAUGAACAAUGAAUGGCCAGUAAAAUAACCCCUGAAAUUUCUUAUAAUAAUAAUAAUAAUAAUAAUAAUAAUACAUUUCAUUUAUAAGCGUCUUUCAAGACACUCUAGGACACUUUACAACCAAAACUAAACUAGGUGUGACGCUGUGGGGCGAAAUAUUUGCAACCAAAAACUAAACGUGAAUAACUUUUAAAUAGUUUAUACUGAAUUUGAAUUACAUGAAUUGAAGGUCAGUGGCUCGAAUAAUGGAUGGAUUUGUAUAUUUUACUCUGAAUCAUAUUGAAUAACUGAAUCUGAAUUGUACAAUCUGAAUUUGAAACGCUAAACUUUUUUUCUUUGAAACUGUAUUUGUGUCAUGAUUUGGUUUGGGACCAACAGGUGGCACUGUAGGGCUCCCCCUGCAGCUGCACACCUGUUGGUCAUUAUGUAACUAUUAGUUGUAGAAAAGGACUCCCGCCCGAACACUCAGUGUCGGGUCAUUGUUUGCUUGCAACUGUCAUGUUUGUUUCUGUCAUGGUUCUGUUCCAGUUUUUUGCCACAGUCAUGGUUUUGUUUUGCUACUUUGGAUUAGUUUGGGUUGUUCGCACUUUGUUUGUUUUGGAUUCAGUUUUCUCUGUUUUAUUAAAUAUAACUUGUCAAGUUCA